UCACUUCCUGUUUCCCCAUAGCAGGUAGAGACUCUUCCCUUUUCGUCUCUUCAGUUGGCUCAUCAUAGGCACGCAGACAUGCUCUCAGCUCCAGCAUCUUCGACUUGAGCUCCGUCUGCCUUCCCUUCCUUCUCCAUCUCCUCGGAAUUGGCAUCAUGGCCUUCGGGAAGCAUACAGGGUAUCUUCUAUUCUGGAGUAUCUUCCUGCUGUCCUCUGUGGAAACUCAGGAUGUGUUUACCCCAGUGCACAGUAGCAACAGCAGUGAGUCCGCUCUCAUCCCCUCCCAGGCCUCCACUGAGCCAGACAGCUCUGUUUCCUCCACAGCUCCCCCAGCUCAACAGGAGUCAGACCGUGUCUCGACACCUGGGUCCUCACAACCCACGGACACCAUCGGCCACCUGACAGCGGUGACCCUGGGCCAGCCAGUGGAUGUGAGACCGCGUACAGAGGCAACUCGAAACAGUACUUCAUCAGCGACAGGAAGUGAAGAUGAAAAGACAGACGUUAGAACCACCCAAGGCCCGGAUCCCAACACCAGCACCAGUGACAAGGGUGAGAUCCGCUCACAGCCUUGGGUGACCAGCCCAGGUCCAUCAUCUGGCCAGAGCUUUACUCUCUCUGUGCUGACAACUUUGCCAAGUGUUCCUCCACCUCCUCUCUCCCCUGUGAGUAUCACCUCAGAAACAGAACAACCAACUGAAACACCUACCCCGGCCCUGGGCCCAUCGUCUCGGGAACUAGCUACCACCACUCUCAGCUCUGCGACAACUCAUUCCCCCAUUCUGGAGCUCACUGCCACCACUGGACGCUUUUCCUCCACCAUAGGCCCUAUCUCUACCAAUGAGUCCAUCUCUACCAUGGGCCCUAUUUCUACCAUUAAGUUCACCUCCACUACAGGCCCUAUCUCUACCAAUGAGUCCACCUCUGCCAGCUCUAACCAUACCUCGACUGAAUCCACCACAGCCAUAGGACCUAUCUCUACCAAUAACAAUGUCUCCACCACAGUAGCCAUUGUCACCUCAGCCAACUCUACCAACUCUUCAGGGGUCCUGAUUCCAAAGGUUCCCAAGAGGAACAACGUGUUUCCCCCAUCGACAACCAAGUCCACGAAGAAGCCUGACCAGGACAAGGGCCCCGCAGAAGGAGGUGGGGUCCUAUCCUGCCCCACGAACCGAAGAGGAGGCCUAGUAAGCAUGUGUCUGAUCGCCAUCGUCUCGCUGGCAGGAUUAGCUACCAUCUUCAUGGUCAGCACCAUCAUCCUCUGCACCAAGCUCUCGUCCAGGAAGCACAUGUACAAGAUGAGAGAUGGACAGCGGGGCAUAGAGAUGACGUGUAUCUCUGCGCUGCUGCCUGAAAUCAACAGGGAGGUUCUAGGAAGGUCUCGCAUUCACAACGGCAACCGAGGGCUUCUCUACGGCGGCGAGCUGGACAGUGACAAUGACGGAGGCGACGAUCUGACCCUCAACAGUUUCCUCCCCGACAACGACCGUGUCGUGUAGACCUGCGACUAGAAGAGGAAUGUUUGUUGUCACUCGUUGUUGUGACAGGGGAAAACCAGCCUGGUUGACUAGUUGGGAGUCAGAUGGCUGAGCGGUUAAGGAAUCAGGCUAUUACUCUGGUUUCCGGUUCUAUUCCGGGCCGUGCAAAAUGACGUUGUGUCUUUGGCCAAGGCACUUCACCCUUGCUUGCCUCUGGGGGAAUGUGAGCGUCUGAUAAAUGACUAAAUGUAGUUCAAUUUAGUCCUUAAGUUUGCCUGAAAAUCUGAAAACCUUUGACGGUGGCCAUGUUAGCAUUCAGCACAUCACCAGGCUUGAAAUAAACUUGCUUUGUUUGUGUUUGGCUUAUGCCUUUUCCUGGUCAUAAAAAAGGACCUAUGUGUGUAUACAGCAGCAGGAUGUGAGAGGAGUACAAAAAUAUCUUGUAUUUUCAAAAUGUGUUUGAAGAUGUCCUCAGUUGGAUGAAGACUUGAUGUCUGGUUGACUGCUGUGAAUGUGGAACCAACUGUUGCUUUAAGGUCUACAGAUUACAGCUUCCUCUUUGAAGUCAACGGUUUGGCAUCACUGCAUCCGCCUUUCAGUCAGAGGAGGAGACAAUAUAGACUCAAAUGCAGAACCAGAUAACUAUUUCAUUACACAUUACCGUGAAACAACUUCCCUUGUUUGAGGAAGUCAGGUGGUGAAAACUGGUUUCAUAAAGCACUCUUGUAUACCAAUUCCAAACUAAUGGGGGUCUCUACAGAGUUCAUGCAGUAAUUUAUAGAUUUGUCCAGUAUUUUUUCUGAACCCUCUCAACAUAAAUUCUUGAAAAAAUGUAUGAACAGUGGGGUUGGGAUGAGAACAGCGAUGUGAAAAUGUCAGAAACCUUGCUGGUGUUUCACUUACCAACAGGCCUGUUUUAACAAGGGCUCCCAGCGCAACACAGUUUACAGGGGAGAUUUAAAACCUACAAGUGAUUUAUGGAUCUGAAACUGAAGUUUGAGUUUCAUUUGAGAAUUGCUUUCAGUUAAAGUCGAAGACCUCAAUCUGAGAUGGCAAAGUAAGAAUGUAGAGCCAUUUCUGAACAUGCAUCUGUUGACCGAGUUGUGGAUAAUCCUAGGCUGCACCAAUAAACAUUUAAUUCAGGGUUCUUGUGGUCUGCAUUGU